AGUAGACAACGACGGUGGAAUAACUAACGUUUUAUUAAUUAUUUGCAAUAAUGGAUAUGUUUUGCUCGAAGUAUUACAUUUAGGUUUCCAGGGAUGCUUUUUAUUAAUGCCCCGUAAAGCCUUAAAGACAGAGAAGCCUCCCCUGCUGUUCCUGGAGCAACCUGUGUGUGGAGCCAGACUCCGAAAUGUGCCUGAAGUCCGAGCAGCACUCAACCCCAAAGAGUUUUUCUCAGAGACACCGGCACAGAACAGCUCAACUCUUGAUUCUUGGGUCAGACCACAAUUUGACCGUUCGAUUGCAGCUGCACUGCCGGUGAGACGAGGAAGGAGAAGAUGCGUCUCUGCCAUAAACAUCCUUGACAGUUGCAGUCAGCUGUCCAGAAAGAAGAGCGUGUGCAAAUUCCCCUCAUUAUCGUUUCAGACGGGGUCAAGAGACCAAUCUCAUCAACCAAAGAGCACACGCACAAAGAAAUCUACGGAGUGUGACGCAGGAAAUCAACCACGGGGAUCAUGCCGAAUGAAAAGGACUGUUUCAAGUGCACAGUACUCUGACACACCAAAGAAACAGCCGACCUCAAUCAGAAAAAGGAAUGAGGAGAUAUUUUCCAAUGGUGCUGCGUCUUGUAGCAGAUGUUUGGACGAGCCUGAAGCUCCAUCUAUUCAAGUGACAGAGAAAUGCAGGAUUCCAGCAGAUGGUGCGUCAACACCUGUCUCCAAUGAGGUCAGCAGGGUCAGUCCACCACCCGACGUGGACACUCCAAAAGUAAUUCAAGGAGGGAGUAGCUGUCCCCCCUUCACCUCUCUGCAAUUGGUACAGGCUCCACCAUGUACACCACCAUGUAAUCAGCCACCUGACAUUUUAGUGGCUGACACACCAGAGCAGGAUUAUGGGGUGAAGGUGACAUGGAGGAGGAGGAGGGGUUUGAUGAUGAUGUUGAAAGAGAGGGGCCAGCUCUCUGAUUCAGAUGCCUUAAUUAACAGCUGAUGUAGAGAUUGUGUAAGAAGAUGAUUACGCAAUGUCACAGAUUAUUCAUCGGACGCACUUCUGUGACCAGAAUUCUUUCUAUGAACUGUUUUUUAUUGCACUGAAUGGAGCUGCUGCAUUUUGAAGUCAUGGUCAAAUUAUUAAAUGUCUCUCACCCAAUGGUGCACCCACUUCACAACCCUGGUUUAUCAUUGUCAGACUCAAAUAAUCAAAUCAAAGAAUGGACAAAUUAAAAUUGCAAUAAUUACCGCAAUAUCCAAAUGGCAAACUUUUUCCAUGAGUGGGAAAUUAUUAAGACUGAUACUGUACUGUUACAGAUUAUGUUGCAAAUUCUGUAUAAUCCUGACCUCUAGCAACACCAGCCUUUUGUUUCUUCUUACGCUCCUACACUUUAAUGGCACAAGUGUGGGAAAAGGUCAUGUUCAUAUGGACUAUAUUGAGCAAAUACUAUAAUUUUGUCAAUGACAUGAAUGCUUGACUCACUGAUGUAAUAUAACAAAGGAUGCUGCUGAAAGAAUGUUUGUGAGCAAUGCUCUGUAACUUAAAACCAUUUUUUUUUCUUUUUCAAAUGUGUAAAGUACAUAA